AUUAGGCUUGCAGUUAUUACAAAGUAUAAACAUGUCUCAAAUGUUCAUGCAAUUCCCUUUAGCAUUUGCUGGUGCUUUCACUGUGAUGAUGCUGCUAGGUCGGCUAGGUCAUGCCCAGGAUCAAUCAGACUUCAUUAGCAUAAAUUGUGGCCUACAACAAAAUUCAGACUACACAGACAGCACAACAACCAUUCGAUACACUCCAGACACUGAUUUCAUUGACACCGGUGAGGGCAGAACCGUAUCGCGUGCCGAUGAUUUACAGCGUCAGUUUUCGUUUCUUAGAGUUUUUCCUGAAGGAAUCAGGAACUGUUACAAAAUAGACAUUAAAAGCGGGCAAAAGUAUUUGAUACGGGCAAGCUUUAUGUAUGGCAAUUAUGAUGGGGAAGAUAGUUUACCUGAAUUUGAAUUACAUCUUGGAGCUAAUUUUUGGGAUUAUGUGGCAUUCACUCAAAUGGAUUCUCACACAAUCAAGGAGCUAAUACAUAUUCCUAUGCGAAAUUACAUACAUGUUUGUCUGGUUAACAUAAAUAAAGGGGUUCCGUUUAUAUCGACUAUAGAACUCAGGCGUUUACCCAAGGAUAGUUAUCAAACAGAAGCCGGGUCUUUGGCACUUUUGCAGCGAAGUAACAUGGCAGCAAAUGAUACUAUAUACAGGUACCCAAACGAUAAUAAUGAUCGUAUAUGGUAUCCUGAAUUCAGUGGUGAUUGGGAAGAACUAACUACUUUGUUGCCCAUUUCGGAUGAAUCCCCUUACCAGCUCCCAUCUGUUGUCAUGAGUACUGCUGCGACACCAGAUUCUAUUGCAAGCAAAUAUCUGAAUUUUUCAUGGGCGCCCAAAGUCGUUGAUAAAAAUGCAUCAUAUUAUAUUUAUAUGCACUUUGCAGAUUUUGUACUGUUGAACGGCAGCUGGUCCAGAGAGCUCGAUAUUACCAUCAAUGGAGAGCUUAUUUCAGCGCCAUUUUCCCCAGUUUAUUUGCAAACAACAACGAAAAAUACCACUGUUGCUGCAGAAAGAGGAAAUUAUUAUUUUUCAAUAUUUUCACCUGGGAUAUCUUAUCGAUCGAUCCUGAAUGCCUAUGAGAUUUAUAUGACAAAAGAGUUCUUAGUAUUAGAAACAAACCAACAAGACGUUGAAGCAAUUACAAAUCUCAAGUCAACAUAUCAAAUCACUAAGAAUUGGCAAGGAGAUCCAUGCAAUCCUCAAGUUUACCUGUGGGAAGGCGUGGCCUGUAGCUAUCCUGUGAAUAACUCCUCACGAAUCAUAUCCCUGGACUUGUCAUCGAGUGGAUUAACAGGAGAGAUAGCUGAUUAUAUUGCUAAUCUCACAAUGAUAGAGACUUUGGAUUUAUCAAAUAACAAACUAUCAGGAGAAAUUCCAGAGUUCUUGGCGCACAUGCCAAAGUUAAAAUAUUUAAACUUAAAUAAAAAUGAGUUAAACGGCUCAGUUCCUGUUGUCCUUGCUACAAAAGGAGAUGAAGGUUUGUCAUUGAGUGUCUGCGAAAAUCCAGGUUUGACAGGGCAGUUGCCUUGCGUGAAGAAGAAGAAGAAUCAGAUUGUUAUUCCGGUGGUUGUGUCAAUUAUUGUAGUGUUAUUGGUCUCGUCCAUCUCAGCAGCUAUAUUGUGGAAACGUAAAACGGGUCUCGCUAUUUGGAAAUUCCGGAGAGUUGGUGGAGGACAUGAUGAUGGAGGGCAAUGCGAUGUAUUUUUGAGUUUCAGAGGGAAGGAUACGCGCAAAGGUUUCACACAUAAUCUGUACGAAGCUUUAAGUACAGAAGGAAUCACGACAUUUUUUGAUGAUCAUAAGCUCGCAAUAGGAGCUGAAAUAGCGCCUUCGCUUCUCGCUGCAAUAGAAUCAUCAAAGGUUUCUGUCAUUGUGUUCUCAAAAAACUACGUUUCGUCAAGUUGGUGUUUGGAUGAACUUGUUAAGAUCCUUGAGUGUAAGAAGUCGAAGCAGCAAGUUGUUAUCCCAAUUUUCUACAAAGUGGAGCCAUCAACUGUACGACAUCAAUCUGAUACUUUUGCUCUUGAGGGGCUGGUACACAACAGGGACAAGAUCCCUACAUGGCGAGCGGCUCUCACAGAAGUAGCAAGUUUGUCGGGAGUGGCUUACCAGGACGGCCCGUAUGAAUCUGACUUGAUCAAGGAAAUUGUUACAAAGAUAUCGGAUAUUGUCAAUAAGGAGGAGGAAAAGAAAGGAGCUAAACCCUAAAAAGCCAGUUUACCAGUUAUUAUACCUCGCUCAUAUGCUUUCCAUCCAC